AUGUCUUCUGCAGGCCCAUCGACCAAAGAGGUACUCCUCGACGCAGUCGAGGAGACACUUGGAAGCUCUGCGCUGGAGACUAUCCAGCCGACUGAAGUCGAGAAGACCUCCGGUCCCAAAGUGCGCAGCGCCCCAGUCUGUAUCACUCAGAACCCGCUCCCGCGGAACCUGGAGGGCGGCCCGAGCGAAAUCGUCGUCGGGCUCAGGGGCCAGGUCCCACGCUGGGUGCCAGGCUCCGUCGUCAGGUGGGCGGCCUGGCGCGCCGGCUUCGACAGUCAGGAGGACGCCGACUACGCGGCGUCGCAGCUGGCGAUCGCCGCCGAGGCCUGGAACAGCGCGGACGUCGGUGUCACGUUCGAGUGGGUGCCCCUGGCAAAGGACGCCACCUUCGUCCUGUGCCACGGCGGCGCCAAGGGCGGUGUUCUGGCCUCGGCCUUCUUCCCGAAUGACAAUGAUCUGAACUAUAUGUUUACAUACAGCGCUGCGUUUGAGGAUGACGAGUGGAAGAACAACCUCUGGAAAGUCCUGACCCACGAGCUCGGACAUGUCCUCGGUCUGCGACACGAGUUCGCAAUCGGGGACGUGCCCUCGCGCAUGGCCGCCGAGGGCAGCAGUGCAGUUCGCAUCGGGGAGCCGGACGAGCACUCCGUCAUGAACUACCGCGACGAGGCCCCAGAGAUCCAGCAGUCUGAUAUUGACUCGACGAAGUUGUUCUACAGCCUCAGGAAGGACUCCAACGGCAAGCCACCUAUGAUCGGUAUGACGAGGGUUGUGAGCUACACGCCGCUUUGA